GCUGUGUUCGACGCAAGUAUCGUGAGAGGUGCGGUGUCAGCUCUACAGCCACUGCACGCCUUGACCGCUAUACCUUCACUCUCGAAGGUCAGACCAGUAACCGAGCCGGCGGCGCAAUCGCUUGUAAGAAAGCCGGGAAGAGGGUGCUUCAAUGGCUUUUAAGAGCCGACUCCCGUGCGUGGCUGGACUUCUCGUCGAGUCCGCGUCUUGCGAACCUUCUUAUCUACUGUCCUACAAUGAAGUGGACGAAAGUCUAAUUUGGCAAUGGCUUGAAACAGACCUCGAGCACCUCCUGGGAGACCGGAAAUCGGACAUGAUGCUGCGCUUGAUGGUCCUACGCAGCCUACUCGGGGUAAAACUGCAGCGGGCCGUAGGCGGUCCAGCAGACAAUGCCCUGCCCUGUAUACUCGAGGCGGCGAAGCUGAAAAUAAGUGCGCAGCUUAAGGCCUUUAGGUGCAUCUCAUUAAGAAGCUUGAUCGUUGUAGUCGCAAACCGGGUGUGUUGUCCCACGGUAACGCUGUUUCCAGGAACAGACACGUCGCUCUGGUCUAGGAUCGAAUCGCUGACUGCGUCAUACUUCUUGUCCCAGUGCUCCUGGAAUUAUUAUGGUGGGCUUCGGGGCUCAGAAUAAUGGCUUGCGCAGAAGCUGGCUCUCUUUCAUCCUACCCGACCAAACCCCUUUCCCAUGCUCAGAGCAAUGCAAGAAUUCAUGGCGUCAUAAGACAGCGCCUCGCCGUCCAAACAACAGGGCAAUUUAGACGGGAUCUACGCGGUCAGACACUCGAUUGGGGUGACCUCGACAAGAGUCGACGAACAGCGCUACCCAGUGGACGCUCAAUGGGUACGAUCGUUGCUUCCACAAGUCGAUGAGGCCCUGCUUUCCACAAGUAGAGCAUCUAAGUCACGCAUACAGCGUGAGGACGCAGACGGUAAGUCGCGAGCUUCAAGAUGGCGAGCGU